UUCAUUUGUUGCGUAGGGUGAGUUAUCGUGAUAUUCGCGAUCGCGAAAAGCAUUUCCUGAUAAUUCGUACGUCACUGACUUUAACUAAAUGAAGAGUGUUUUUUAGUCGACUUAUACUUGUUUACGUUUGGUUACAACAAGUAAAGUAAUCUCAACUUCAACAAGUUGUAUAAUAUUCACUUGAAAUUAUGAGUGAGCCAGCAAAACAAUUCGAACUGAACUCUGCAGAAUUAUCAAAUGCUGCUGCUGUGCCAGAUUUUAACACUGGGCACGUGUCUUCAUUUAGAAAUCCUGUACCAUCAACAUCCACAGCAAAUGUUGGAAUGAUGGGACCACCAGCAUUACCACCACGACCUGAUAUGGGAAUGCAAAUGCAAAGUUAUGGGAUGAACCAAGGAUAUUCUUAUGGAGGAAUGGGUGGAUAUGGCAUGGGGAAUUAUGGAGGACUAGGGAGCUAUGGAGGAUUCGGUGGCUAUGGUUACGGUAUGGGUGGUAUGGGAGGCAUGGGAAUGUCUCCCUAUGGUGGAUUUAAUCGAAUGGGACCAAUGUAUGGCGACAUGGAGAGUAGAUUUAUACAACUUGCAGAAGAAAAUUCAAGGCCUGCUUUUGACUCAAUACAAAGUUUUGUGAAUGCUGUUGGUAGUGUUGCCAUGAUGCUUGAAAACACAUUUUUUGCUUUAACAAGCUCUUUCAGAGCUAUUUUAGGGGUAGCAGAAAACUUUGGCAGGUUGCGAUCGUUGUUUGCACAAUUCUGGUCAACAUUUGCAGUAGUCCGUAGUUUAAACUGGAUGAUCCGGAAGCUCUUAGUAAUAAUGGGCAUUCGUACAGAGAAUGAAUUUAAGGCAUGGGCGGAAGCGGUGGCGGCGACAAAAAAUGGCGGCGCUUCCGGUGAGCAGCGCGCGCGCGGCUCCAGCUGGCCGAUACUCAUGUUCUUCGGCGUGGUGGUCGCCGCGCCGUACCUCGUGCUCAAGAUGCUCAGCGGACUCAGCUCCAGCAUCAACGAGAGGCUGAACGACCCAACCACAUGGCAGAACCCUUUGAGGGCAGUAGCACAACAUGACUUCCAAGCGUCUUCACCGCAGGAAAUAAGCUUCUCGGCUAACCAAAUCCUCACAAUAGCACCACAACAUCUCCAGCCCCAGCUGUGGAACUCCGGCUGGCUGAUGGCAACCAAAGACAGACAGUCUGCUGGCCUCGUACCGGUUAACUAUAUUAAAGUUAUAAGACCUACUCAGGAUGGUGAUCAAGCAAACAAUACCAUGGAGAAGACUGAAAAAAUUGAACCGAGCAUAGAUAAUUUGGAAAAAUAUUAUAAUCAAGAGUUAUAAGUAGCUUUGGGAUUCAUGUAAGUGAUUAUAAGUAUUAUGAUAGGCUUGAUUUAUUAUUUUUGUGGCUGUGCAGAGGUAGAAGAACGAAAAAUUCCUCAACUGCAUGAAAUACGUAUGGCACAUAAAUAUGUAAUAUAUCGUUGAUUUCUUAAAUGGGUUUUCAACAGUGAAAAUUCAUUGCUUAAUUAUUUUUGACUGUAAAUAGAUUUUACGUUUGGGGUAUAUGUAAAAUAGAAAUAAUUUAUCUAUGAUUUGAACUAUCGUGCGGAAAUCUUUGCCGUCGUCAUGGCGUUUCGGUUUGUGACGUCACUUCGUUAGUAAACAAUACAACUAUAAUUUUUAAUUUACCGCUAGAUUUUAGCCAUUUUGACUAGUGUUUUAAUUGUGAUGUUUUUAUUUUAUUCCAAAAAAUGUCUUCAUUUAAUAGUAAAGUUUUGAACUAUUGAAUUGUAUACUUUAUUAUUAGGGCAGCAAUAAUGAUUUAUC